AUGAGGCAGUCGACACCCAUUCUCUGGGUUGUCCAGGCUUGUCUAGUAUGGCUGACAUUGGUAUCGGCAUCGCCUGUCGGUUCUCCUGAUCUGGUAUCGGACGUCGCGCUUCAGGCCCGUGACACCAAGCCGUUUCCACUCCGGAUUCUGCCCCUCGGUGCUUCUAUCACCAUGGGGUACAAAUCGCCCGAUGGAAAUGGAUAUCGGAAAUGGCUUCGACAGCAAUUGCGCUAUGCGGGGUGGGAGGUGGACAUGAUUGGUACUAUGAAGAAUGGUACGAUGCAUGAUAAUGACCACGAUGGACACGUCGGCUGGAGAAUCGAUCGAAUAGCUGAUCAUGCCAAGACGAUCAUCCCACAACAACCUAAUCUAAUCCUUCUCAACGCUGGCACAAACGAUGCUCUACAAAACUACAAAGUAAAUACCGCCGGCGAGCGGAUGGACUCUCUCCUCACCUACCUCUUCGACAACAUCCCCAACACAACCAUCAUCCUAUCAACCUUGACAUACAACGGAAAGAAGCCGAAACAAGGCGCAUCCAUCAGCUCGCAAUACACGGAACUUGCAGCGAAACGCCGAGCGCAAAACGACAGCCUCGUCUUAGCCGAUAUGAGCACCUUCAUUCGGUAUAACCAAUUAGUGGAUAAGAUCCACCCGACAGCCGCGGGCUAUGAGGAAAUGGCGUCCGUGUGGUGGGCGGCCAUCCAACAAGCGGAGAAGGAAGGCCUUCUCAAAGCGCCAAAGACUACCUCUACAUAUAGUGGUACGAUCAGCAAGGCCCGCGAGAAGGCACUCGACGAUAGCACUUCAGACCCGGAUCUGCCUGCGUACACGGCCCCGGCUCAGCCUACCGUAUCACUUGGUAGCGGCUCGCCUCGAGCCGAGUGGCAUCUCUGGACUGCGUUCCAGAUUAUGAUGGGCAUUGGUUUCUAUAUGAUAUGA